CAGCAAUUUUUCAACUAAAGUUCUACUUUCAGUGCAUGUCCCUUAUGUUCACCACACUCGUUAGCCUCUCAAGAUUGAGACUGGCAAUCGGGAUAGCCGUCCUACCCCUGGCCGUCUCCGCGACAUACCUCGUGUACCUCAACCGCCUUGUGUCGAGACUCUGCACGGCAUCAACGCGUUUGCGAGACCGAAACAAGGGCGCCAAUAGACUACCACCUGCUCUUCGAAAACCAGUUACCCUACCACAAGAGGUCGAGGCAGAAGAGUCCGAAUGGAUUCUCGCAUACGAGCGAAUUGCGUCCCAGCCUGUACCCCGAUCAAGCAUACCAUAUGACCUAAAAACGGACUUGUCCACUGUCCUGACUCAUUACGCCCGGGCGACUAUGACGGCGUUCAGCUGGACACCCCAAGCAUUCCUUCUCCGGGCGUCUGCGGGCGACAGCGCCGUGAAGAAGACAUUUGACACGGACUUCAUUCAGAAUCUCGCAUUUUGCGAGGGUGAUCGUGUGAACGGCUUCUGGCGAGUUGUGUAUCGGGAAGACAGCGGGUUGAGUGGUGGUGGAAGGCUGGAAAUGGCGAUGGACCCUCCACCUACUUACAGAGGCCCGGUCGUCAGGGGUGUUGUUGUGGCUGGGAUUGAGCUGCAGGAUGAUGGGGAUCUGGUGUUCGUCAAUGAGACCUGGAUGUGGAGGAGGGAAGAGGCCGCGCCCAUGCUACUGGAGAGCCGACUGGGGCGACUGCACGCUACACUGUCGGGAUGGCUUAUGAUGAAGGGCGUCAGGGCUGUGACCCAUGUCUAGGAGCUGGGUUGGGAAAAAUUGAUGAACUGGCUUUGUGAAUUUGGUAGAUGUAGGCAGCACAGCGCUGCUUUGGCGGUCCAAAAAUGCGGCGAAAAUACACAAGGUGGACGAUACGAAGUAUACCUUAGAAGUUAGAAUGGAUAAACAGGCGUAUGUACC